AUGAAAUCACCUGACGUGGUGGGGUCGGGCGGUUCGUUCUUUGGCGGGGAUCCGGCGGCGCUCGUGGUCGGUGCCCGUUGCGAUACGGACGACGAUGAGGACUACUCGGCCAGUCUGAACGCGAUCAUCCAGCGGAAAGCAAGUGUGAAGAAAAAGCGCGCCGGCUACAAGGGACACCGGCGAGCGUCGAGUCCGAUCAGCCAGAUGAUGGGUCUCCCGGACGGUGUUGGAGGUGGCGGCGGUGGCAGACGACGUUCGAGUGUGUACACGACCAGCUCCGGGGAAACGGGGAUUACGCUGCCCGGAGAUGAGCAUUCGCUGGGCGGGGCACGCGACGAGGCGACCGGAAGGCAGGAUAAGCUGUUCGACACGAUCCGGCUGCACAAGGAGGUACUGCAGACGGUCAAGCUGCAGCCGAUCAGCAUGAAGCGGAAGCUGAAGCUGGUCCAGCAGGCCAAGAGCUACAUCACGCGCCACGAGGGAGCUCUGCAGGAGCAUUUCACGUCUCGCACGGCCCGCAGUUUGAUGGCACAGUUUAACAUUUUUCUUACAACGAAAUGGCAACAACUGCUCCGCGAGAUGGCCAAUCUCGUAACCUACCUAAUACCGUGGGAGUCGCGUAUUAAGGAAAUUGAAUCGCACUUCGGUUCGGUGGUGGCCUCCUACUUCACCUUCCUGCGCUGGCUUUUCUGGGUGAACGUGGUCAUUUCGGUGAUGCUGGUCGUGUUCAUUAUGGUGCCGGAGGAGAUUUACGUCGAUCCGGAGAAGGCCAAGUGUGACAUCCGGAAGAGUAUGUCCCAGCAGGAGCGUACACUGACACGGAACUUUAGCACGAUCUGGGAGUUCGAGGGCCACCUCAAGUAUUCGCCCUUGUUUUACGGAUACUACUCAACAUUUUCCGGUGCUAUCGCGUGGGGCUACAACCUUCCUUUGGCUUAUUUCUUCACGGGACUCGUCGUGUACAUCUACAGUUUUGUGGCGACACUGAAAAAGAUGGCAGAAAAUUCCCGUAUGUCGAAGCUCUCAUCUAAGGAUGAUGAGUACGUUUUCUCGUGGAAACUGUUCACCGGCUGGGACUACAUGAUAGGACACAUGGAAACGGCACAGAAUCGUAUGGCAUCGAUUAUUCUCGGCUUCAAGGAGGCGCUGCUCGAGGAGGCCGAAAAAAAGAAGGAUACACGAAAUUGGAAAAUUAUACUCUUACGGAUAUUGGUAAACUUCCUGAUACUGGGAUUGCUGGUAGUUUCGGCGUACAAGGUGAUACAGGUGGUGAGGAACUCGAUGGAUUUUAAGGAUUCCGAUUCCUGGUGGCGACGGAAUGAAACCACUAUUGUCAUGUCGCUCAUCUCCUUCUUCUUCCCGAUGAUAUUCGAAGCGCUCGGCAUAAUGGAGUACUACCACCCGAGGAAACAACUUCGUAUCCAACUAGCUCGCAUCAUGGUACUGAACAUGUUAAAUCUCUAUUCGCUCAUUUUCGCUCUUUUCGAUAAAAUCGCACACAUGACAACGGAAUUGCGUAGGAUGAAACCGCUUAACUUCACCUCCUCCGCAAGCCAGUGUUUCGUCCCGCAGGAAGGAUCAAGAUGGAACGUUUCCAGCUACCUUACGGAUGGUUCGUUUGCUGCCGAAAUGAUAGCGAACCUCACUCGAUCCGGUUACGGUCCAGCCACUCUGCUGGCCAACGGGAGUAGCUGCUUCCGUGUACCGACGAAUUGUCCGAACACUUCGCAGGGCACCACCGUAACCGUGCUGACAACCCUUUUACUAACGAAUCUGUCCACUACCGCCAUGCCGGAGCUGUUCAACUCAAGUGCAGCGCUUACGACGAACGAUUUUGGAACAUCGUUUAACCCAUCGACGGCCACGAUCUCCACCACUCAGUACCACGCAUCGCAGCAUGGAUACGACGAAAGUGAUGAUGAAGAGUAUCGCAGACGAUUCCUACCGAACGAUGACCUCGGUGGAGUUCCCAUCAACAAACGGGAAGCCAUCUACGACGCUGGGAGCGGAUUUUCGACGGAUUCGCAGGAGCUCACCUCAACACCGGUUCCAAGUACAACCCAACAACAGACGGGGGAGCUCACGACGGAAGAGUUCCAGACGAUGACCUACACCGAGGUGUACAAAUUCGUUACCGGCAGGUACGACAAGUUCCUCGAAACAUACUACUACUCCUCGGAGGAAGUGGAUGCAGCGAAAGAAAUUACCGACAGCCAAGAAGAGCUUCUGGAGUACGAGGCCAACCAAUUUCUGACCUCAGAGGAAGCUCUGGGGCUUCGUCCGUCCACCACCGACAAUCCUCGUACACUUGAGCAUACAACAACGGAAGGAUAUACAAGCGUUUGGACGACGAUCGAAGGUCAAAUGACGGCCGAGAUAUCGACGGAGGAGCAAUCAGUGCCUAAUUCAACGUCUACGGAAACAUACAGCACACUUUACACUACGGAAGCAAUUCAAACUAGUACGCCCCAUUUUGAGGAUAUUUCGCCCGAAACGGAACAGACACAAAAAGGCACACUGCCUACGACCCCCGGGUGGACAAUCGAGAACCCUACUUCGCCGGGGACAGAUGAUGAUGUUAACCAGAGUUUUGAAACAAGCGCCUCAACUGAAACGCCCGAGAAGUGCUAUCAUUUGCUGUGUACGCCGGCUAGCACGCCAACAUUGGACGCUCAGGACAGCAAGUACCGAAACGCGGACAUACGUACCCUUUGCUGGGAAACCAUGUUUGGACAAGAGCUGGCAAAGCUUACCGUAAUGGAUUUGAUCGUUACCAUUGUGUCCACAUUGAUCUUGGAUUUCUGCCGCGCGCUUUUUGUGCGCUUCAUGAACGGGUGCUGGUGUUGGGACUUGGAGAAGAAGUUCCCCAAAUACGGAGACUUUAAGAUUGCGGAAAACAUUCUGCAUCUCGUGAACAACCAGGGCAUGGUGUGGAUGGGGAUGUUCUUCUCGCCCGGGCUGGCCGUGCUUAACAUCGCCAAGCUGGUGAUCAUCCUCUAUCUGCGCUCCUGGACGGUGCUGACCUGCAACGUGCCACACGAGGUCGUCUUCCGUGCAUCGCGCUCCAACAACUUCUACUUCGCCCUGCUGCUGACAAUGCUCUUCCUCUGCGUGCUGCCCGUAAGCUACGCGAUCGUGUUCCUCGAACCCUCCUGGCACUGUGGCCCCUUUUCCAACUCCAACCGCAUCUACCAUCUGCUGACGAACGCCACCGAGCGCAUCGUGCCGGAAAUGGUGACCAAGUAUAUCGUCUCGCCGGCGGCCGUCAUCCCGCUGCUGGUGCUGCUCAUACUGAUCAUCUACUAUUUGCUGUCACUGACCGGCUCGCUGCGGGAGGCCAACCAGGACCUGAAGCUCCAGCUUCGCAAGGAGCGCACGGAGGAACGCCGGAAAAUGUUCAAGAUAGCGACCAGUACCCAUCAGCAGACGCCCGGCACGGACAUGGCCGGCAUCAACGGACUGUCCAGCUCGUGGCACAAGGUGCUCGACUCCACCCAGCUGCGCCUUCAGUCCACCACGGACAACGCAACCGACUCGGAAAAUUCCACCACCAAACGCAAGGAGCUGCUUCAGCGCAUGAUGAAGAAAGCGCUCCAAAAGGAGCACGUGGAAGGGGGCGAGUCCAGCGUGGGCCCAACGCAUACACUCGCCGCCGCUCCGCCGGUUCUCGUUUCGCCUCCACCCAUGGGAACAGUCACUGUCAACGAAAAGCACCGGGCGGUAGGAAAACCGAACCGCGCCGGCCAAGACUCGGAUGUUUUCCGGUUCGAUCGGAGCGCCGUGGAACAAAUGGGCCGUGGAACGAACUCAAAGGCAAGCGAAGCUACGGACGACGAGUACGGAAGGAAAAAGUUCGAGCGAACGCGGCCAUCGACGGCGGAGCGCUUCCGGAUGGCGGCACAGGCCGAACGGCGCCGGAUACACAACCUGCGGAUGGCGGGCAAAGCUGCCGAGCAAACGACGGCGGACUGGAUCGAGCAGAUUCCCGUCAUCACCAUCAGCAAAACCUCCAGCGAUGAGUGUAUCAUCGAGUCCGACCUGGACGAUCCAAACGAUCGGAAAUUGGCCAACGUGGCCAAAACGACACUUCCGAAGACGGCACAACAGUCCUAA